AUGGAUGAACUUAAUAAAGGGACAUUUAUUAGUCAACAAAGAUUUUAUUCUGUGACUAUUGAUUCUGAUAAUAUUCAAAUGACAAUAAUGGUUAAAGGUGUACCAAAUGAAUUAGUUGAUAUUUUAGUCCAUGAUUCGAAAUUCGAGUCAAUUAUACAUUUAAUUUCUCAUUUUUCCGAUGAAAAGUUACAAGCUCAAAUUAUAAUAAAUUCUACAAAUAUUAUUUGUUUAUAA